CCGUGAAAAACAGUGUCAUCAUGAAAGUAAAAGAUGAACUCACAUUAAAUAUUCGAGCAAAAGUGGGAAACUGAAUUACCGAUGACAGUCACUGCUUUCGCUAGUGGCGCCACUGGUUUUCUAAGUUUUCCCACCAAAAUUGAGGGUGUCACCUUUUAAAGUUAAAUAAUCCAUGACGAUCACAUAGUUUUUCCAUGAGAUCAUCGAUUUUUCCCGUGACAGUCAUCCGAGAGCGGUUCGUGAGAAGUUGUGUGUAUAGUUUGAAGUGUAUAAAAUAAAGAGGAAAUAUUAUGGAUGAUUAUGUCUCAAAAGUGCUUAGUGAUUGGAAUCUCUCAUUAUUACAAAAUUUAUUCAGAUUUCACAAGAUAGAUAAGACGAGAUUUUUUUGCUUAACUGAGGACGAGAUUUCAGAAAUUAUUCCUAAAGAAUUAGGAAAUGAAAUAAUUUCUGAUUUCAAGUUAAAAUAUAAAUUGAAUUUAGUUUCCAAUUUAAAUGACAAUGUUGAUAUUGUAAAUAAUACAGAAGAAGAAAACAUCGACGUAUUAAAUUUGACUGUGACAAAUGAUGAGGCUUUUGACAUUGACAAUAUCAACAUUGAAAAUCUCAGUUGCGAUGAAAAUAUUGAAAAACUGCAAAAUAUUGAAAAUUUCUAUUCAUCAAUUGAAAGAAAUAUGCCACUUUUUCAAUUAUUGUGCAGUACUUUAGUUGGGAGAUUUAUUCUUUAUGAGUACUCGAAAACUAAAACUUUUUCAAGAAAAGAUUUAUGCAGAAUUGUCAUAGAAAAUGCAAUAAAUAAAACUAUAGGGACUUUAAUGCCAUUUUCGUAAGCAUUAAUUUAUAAAUAAUUUCUGUAUUUCGUUUAUCAACAUUUCUUUAUUUAUUAUAAUAAUGUUUUUUUUCAUGUUCGCAAAAUUUGCUUUGCGAACAUAACCAGGGUGGUCA